AGUGACACCUGUCAGAAAAAGAGAGAAAAUCUGUGAGACGUGUUCCCAAAUAGCUUUUUCGCAUAUACAACACUUUUUGUGCAAUUUUUCCGUGUGCUGAGGUGAUAUUACGGCAACGAGAUUGCUAAACAACCAGGAAGACGUCGCACAACCAUGGGUAGCAAGAAGGAGAGUGAAAGGACGAAAUUUAUUCAGGAGAAAUGUCAAAAUUUGCUGACUCAAAUGCUCCGUGAUGAAGAUAACAAAUAUUGCGUGGAUUGCGAUGCUAAAGGUCCCAGAUGGGCGUCAUGGAAUCUGGGCGUUUUUCUCUGCAUCCGAUGCGCUGGAAUCCAUCGGAAUCUUGGGGUGCACAUUUCUCGUGUGAAGUCUGUGAAUCUGGACGCAUGGACGCCUGAGCAAGUGGUGUCUCUGCAGCAGAUGGGCAAUUCCAGAGCUCGUGCUGUCUAUGAAGCUCAACUCCCGGACGGUUUCCGCCGUCCACAGACUGAUUCGGCGCUGGAGAGCUUUAUUCGUGCCAAGUAUGAGCAUAAGAAGUACUUAGCUAGGGAAUGGGUGCAGCCGCCGCCACCAAAGGUGGACUGGGAGAAGGAGAUCGACGAGGAGAUGGAGAAGCUGAAGAGGAAAAAGAAGUCCUCUAGCACUUUGGGGCUGUCCAGUGUCGUCACAGCGGACUCUGGCGGGAGCAAGAAGAGUCUGGCCAAGUCUGCGCCCAUUCCGGCACCACUGCCUAAGCCUAAGGCCACAUCGAGUAGUCCCAAGAGCUCGCGGAGCGAUCAUCAUGCGCCCACUAGCGCCACAUCGGAUCUGUUGGGUCUGUCGUCGCCCACAACUGCCAACGGACCGGCCAAGGCGUCCGCCGACUUGGCUGGGGACGCCUUCAACUCCUUCCUCAGCGCUCCCGUGGAAGAGGCGCCCAAGGCGCCCGAGAAUGCGCUGGACAAGGAGGAGGCGGACUUCUUCAAUCAGGUGCCCAAUGAGAAGGAGAAGGCGAAGAUGACCAAGGACAGCAUUAUGGCGCUGUACGCCACAGCGCCGGCGGCCAACUUCAGCAACUUCAGCCAAUUCCCACCGCCUCAGACGCAAUUCCCGCCAUUCGGCGCCCAGGCGGCGCCCUUCGCGGCGCCCCAGGGCUUCGGCCAGCCGCAAUUCCAGCAGCACCCCAACAAUGGGGGCGUAUUCGGUUUCCCCGGCCAACCACCGCCGCCGCCGGGCGCCGCCUUUGCCCAGUUCGCGCCAUUCCAGACGCCCCAAACGACGGCCGGCAAUCUGGCGGGCCUCAAGCCGCCGCCCCAGGGCACCAAUCCCAAUCUCAGCCAGCAAUUUGGCAGCCUCAACCUCGGCAAUGUGUGGCAAUAGGGCGCGUAUGGGCGUCGAUGAGCUUUUCGCGUGUACAACCUGAAAUCAAUAUCACUAGUGUUUAAGAAGGGACACAAGAUGCCGCGGCGUUUUGCAAUCUGCCACUGUUUUCCUCCAUUUUGCGGCAGUCUUUCCGGGUGAUAUUCCUAAUAUUCUGUUGAGCAAUUGAUGUGUGGAUAUGGCAUUUGUAUUAAUUUGGUUGGAGAAAGUAAUUCGCUAUUUAUUGUUGCAAGUUUAACGAACUGUAGAGAAGUAGAUUUGAGAAAAUGGGUUCGCUUUGGAUAGUCGUGAGAUAAUGGAGUUUAAACGAAUCCCUGGAAAAUUCUGUAGUUAAUUUAUAUCAAGCGCUCUGACAUGAGAGGAAAAGAUAGUAAAGAGUUUGUGCAAUGCUUGACUUUUGAUUCUGUUUCAGGUAACCAUUGAAGCUUUGCACGAAUUCUAUGAAGAAAACAUCACUUUUACAUGCUUUCAUGUUUAUAUUUUUAUUAAUACUGAGCAUUUAUUACCUAUUUUGAUAUUAUAAUCUAAAUAAAAGCUUAGAAAUUUGUCGGUUUCAGGAGAGUAAUCUUACUGAUCAAAACCAACCGGCAUUUCCCUAUUGGGAAAUCAAUUUGAGCUUCCUUUCUAGCCUCUUCAUAUUGAUUUUGCCAGAAUUCGCUAUUAUAAUUGUUUCUUUCUUACAUCCUUCGUAAUGAGAAGUCAGAAAAUUGCUUUUUUUCUCUCCUCCAUUCGCGUUCCUUCGCUCAGCCAUCAGGUUCUGAGGAUGCACAAUCCUUGGGACUUGUUCAACAAUCGACCGUGAAUGGAGAGUGAAAAGUGUGACAGAAAUUGAGUGCUACAUAUGUAUUAUUAUUGUGGAAUAUCACCCUCAAAGGCUUCCCAAAACAUCUGUAACCGAUUUUUAUUUCUGUGGGGGGAAAACAAAGACAAAAUUCAAUGAUAAAAAUUAUAUUUUGUUGAAAUUCUCAACAAACAAGACACACAUUUCAGAUAAAAGAAAAUGAGAGUAUUUAGCAGUAGUGUUGAAGUUGUUCAAAAGAGAUAAGAAAAUAAAAGGAAAAAUUGUGUACGAUCCUUUGGGUCAAGGAUGAAAAUCACGCGUAAAUAGGAAAAUUGAGGCCUAUUCGAUGUUUUGUGCCGCAGAAGAAUCCCUUUUUCGGCGAAAAGAGUGGGUGUAAGUGUAAUUUUUUCGUACUUGGACAAGAGUCUCUGUGUUUAAGGAGCUCGAGAACAAGCAAAACUAAUAUGAAUCGAGUUGAAUUUAGGUGAAUAUUACUUUCUGUUCAUUGUGAAAAGAUGAGAGAAGAUGAAAUUGGAGAGAAAAACUGUGUAAUCUGUUGUCUGGAAUAAAACAGAGAAAAAUUAG